AAAUUUGCAGACAAGAAAGAGAUUGUGCAGUGAUAUUAUCGUCAUUCAACUUUGGCAACAUCAACAAACAAGCAUUGUCUAAACCUGCACAGAUCCAACAACUUGUCAUAUUCAUCUUCAUCAAAACCUUAGUAGCUAAUGCUCUCUCUCUAUAAAUGAACUCCAGUUAAUCAUUUCCACCCUCAUCCAACAACAAACACAAAAACAAGAAAAUAGAAAAUGGGUAUGUCAAGAAUUAGCCUAAUCCUCCUUCCUCUUCUCCUGAUGCUCCACACGGCCCGCGGCGGAGACCCCGACAUCCUCACCGAUUUCCAGCUCCCGUUAGGGGGAGGCGCGAGCGGAGACAGCUUCACCUACACCGGCCUCCGCUCCUUCAUCGGAGCCAAUCCCCAAAAUUUCACGGUGUUCAAAGCGACCAUGGCUGAGCUGCCCGCCCUGAACGGGCAGAGCGUGUCGUACGCGGCCCUCUACUACCCGCCGGGCACGGUGAACCCGCCGCACACCCACCCGCGGGCGUCGGAGCUCCUGUUCCUCGUGUUGGGCAGUCUUGAAGUAGGGUUCGUCAACACCAGCAAUUACCUCUUCACCCAAACGCUCCAAGCCGGGGACAUAUUCGUCUUCCCGAAGGGCCUCCUGCACUACCAGUACAACGCGGCGGGCAACAAGGCCCCCGCCAUCGCCCUGUCCGCCUUCGGCAGCGCCAGCGCCGGCACGGUUUCCAUCCCCGCCGCCGUCUUCAACACCAGCAUCAAUGAUCCCAUCCUGGCCGCCUCCUUCAAGACCGACGACGGCACCAUCGAGAAGCUCAAGGCUGGACUUUCGCAUUAGUAUAUUUGUUUCGUUGAUGGGAAUUCACGUUGUUUGUCACGUUUUGUGAGAUCGUGGUUUGAAAUAAUGAAUGUCCCUCUAUUAUAUA